UCGCCCCGGUGCCGGUGUCGGUGCCGGUGUCGGUGCCGGUGCCAUGCGGCUCUGGGCGCUGGCGCUGCUGCUCGGAGCGCUCCGGAGCGGCGCGGCCCCGGCCCCGGCCCGCAACGUGCUGCUGCUCCUGGCCGAUGAUGGGGGCUUCGAGAGCGGCGCCUACAACAACUCGGCUAUCCAGACGCCCAACCUGGACGCGCUGGCCCGGCGUGGCGUGGUCUUCCAGAACGCCUUCACCUCCGUCAGCAGCUGCUCCCCGAGCCGGGCCAGCAUCCUGACCGGCUUACCACAGCACCAGAACGGGAUGUACGGGCUGCACCAGGACGUGCACCACUUCAACUCCUUCGAUGGCGUGCGGAGCCUGCCCCACCUGCUCAGCCAAGGAGGUGUCCGGACAGGGAUAAUUGGGAAGAAGCAUGUUGGGCCAGAGGCUGUGUACCCCUUCGACUUUGCCUACACAGAGGAGAACAGUUCUGUCCUGCAGGUUGGGAGAAAUAUCACCCGGAUCAAAGCGCUCGUCCGGCGGUUCCUGCAGAGCCAGGACGAGAGGCCUUUCUUCCUCUACGUCGCCUUCCAUGACCCCCAUCGCUGCGGGCACUCCCAGCCCCAGUACGGGGCCUUUUGUGAGAAAUUUGGCAACGGAGAGAGUGGGAUGGGCUGGAUCCCUGACUGGAAGCCACAGAUUUACCACCCAGAGCAAGUGCAGGUCCCCCCCUUUGUUCCUGACACGCCGGCUGCCCGGGCCGACCUGGCUGCCCAGUACACAACCAUCGGGCGCAUGGACCAAGGGAUCGGGCUGGUCCUGGAGGAGCUGCAGCGUGCCGGCUUCCACAACAGCACCCUGGUGAUCUACACCUCCGACAACGGCAUCCCCUUCCCCAGCGGCAGGACCAACCUCUACCGCUCGGGCACCGCCGAGCCGCUGCUCCUCUCGUCCCCUGAGCACCCCCAGCGCUGGGGGCAGGUCAGCCAGGCCUUCGCCACCCUCCUGGAUCUGACGCCGACCAUUUUGGACUGGUUCUCCAUCCCCUACCCCUCUUACAGCAUCUUUGGCACAAAGCAGGUGCAGCUCACUGGAAAGUCUCUCCUGCCAGCACUGGAGUCAGAGCAGUCCUGGGCCACCGCCUUCAGCAGCCAGAGCCACCACGAGGUGACCAUGUACUACCCCAUGCGAGCCAUCCAGCACCGGCAGUUCCGCCUCAUCCACAACCUCAACUACAAGAUGCCCUUUCCCAUCGACCAGGACUUUUACGUCUCGCCCACUUUCCAAGACCUGCUCAACCGCACCAGGGCCGGGCAGCCAACCCACUGGAACAAGACCCUGCACCAGUACUACUACCGGGACCGCUGGGAGCUCUUUGACUGCAGCCGCGACCCCACCGAGAGCCAGAACCUGGCCCCCGACCCCCGCUACGCCGACGUCCUCCAGCUGCUCCGUGUGCAGCUCCUCAAGUGGCAGUGGGACACGGGGGACCCCUGGGUGUGCGCCCCCGACGCCGUCCUGGAGGAGAAGCUGAGCCCCCCGUGCCGGCCACUGCACAACGAGCUGUGAGCGUCACCUCUGCCGCCGUCCCCACUGCUCUGCGACGGUCCCGUGCUCCCGUCAGGCACGAGGGGGUGGAGCGGGAUCACGGACGGACCAGUCCCUAAUCCCUGGGUGACACCACGAGGCUCUGCUCUCUGUAUCACCCACACCACCUGGCCCCAGAGUACUCAGGGACCCUGGUGCCUUUCCUCUCAGCCAGAGGAGCCGUAGGGCCAAGCUGCCCCUCCGUAAAGCUUCUGGAGGACAGGGCUCCAUUUCUCCCUGGAGCUGAGCACGUCCCUGCAACAGCCCCCGGCUUGGAGCCAGCAGGACAACAGGACAAGGGGCUCUGUGGUGCAGCCAGGGGGCCCCCAAUGCUCUGGGAAAUGGGGUGAAGCCUGUAAGGGGCACAGGCAGCCCUGCUGGAGACCCCCAGGCAGGGAGGGAACCAGGGUGUCCCAACCAGGGGCACAGGGCUGAG